AUGAUUCGAAAGCGUCCUAAGUCAAUUCAAGACUUAUUGGAAAUUCGUGUUGCAGUUGUUGGUAAUGUCGAUGCAGGAAAGUCUACCUUAUUGGGCGUCUUAACAAAGGGUGUGUUGGAUGAUGGACGAGGAAAAGCACGGCUCAACUUAUUUCGACAUAAGCAUGAAAUCGAAUCCGGAAGAACCUCCAGUGUGGGAGGCGAAAUUCUUGGUUUUGACUCCAAGUCGAGACCCAUCACGGUAAGCGGAAAGAAGUCUGCCAAUCAAGGAUGGGAAGAAAUUACCGAUAAAGCCGCCAAAAUAUUGAGUUUUGUCGAUCUUGCUGGACAUGAAAAGUAUUUAAAGACCACGGUCUUCGGUAUGACAGGAAGUGCUCCCGAAUUCGCAAUGUUGAUGGUCGGUGCAAACGCUGGUAUGAUUGGUAUGGCCAAAGAGCAUUUGGGAUUGGCUUUGUCUUUAGGUAUCCCUGUCUUGGUCGUCAUUACGAAAAUAGAUAGUUGUCCAGCGCAUGUGUUGGAGAAGACCAUUAAAGAAUUAACUGCGAUACUAAAGUCCAAAUCGUGUCGUAAAAUUCCGUUAUUUGUUGAAAACAAUCACGAUGUGGUGGUGACUGCCCAAAAUUUCGUAAGCGAGCGUUUAUGUCCAAUAUUUCAAGUUAGUAAUGUCACUGGUCAAGGAUUGGAUUUGAUUCGAAACUUUUUAAAUAUAUUGCCGUCACUAGCCAAAUACGAGACAAUUGAUCAACCUUUUCAUUUUGAAAUUAAUGAGACAUACAGUGUUCCCUUUGUUGGUACCGUUGUUAGUGGUGUGAUGCGUAGUGGUAUGAUCCAUAUUGGCGAUAAGGUGUUAUUGGGACCCGAUCAUGCCGGUCAAUUUGUAACUACUACCAUCAAAGGCAUUCAUCUUAAGCGAGUCAGUAUUCCCGUUGCAAGGGCAGGCCAAAGUGUGACAUUUGCAUUAAAGAAUAUCAGACGAACAACCAUAAGAAAAGGACAGGUACUCUUAUCGUACGAAAAGGAUAAACCCACUCCUCCUUCUUCUCGAAGAUUCGAAGCUGAAGUAUUGGUGUUAUAUCAUUCAACCACUAUCAAAUCCAAAUACCAAGCUAUGGUCCAUUGCGGUGCUGUCCGUCAAACUGCCAGCAUUAUCACAACUGAUAAAACAGUAUUACGAACAGGUGAUCGAGCGAAAGUUGAAUUUGAAUUUGUAAAAACUCCAGAAUAUUUAACGAUUGGAACACGAUUGAUUUUCAGAGAAGGGCGAACGAAAGGUGUAGGAAAAAUUACCAGGUUAUUGGAUUGA